AUGGGACCGUCUCUUUCUAAAGCAUACAGUAUCUCUUUCAGUUCUCCCACAGACAAAAUAGAUGAGAAUGUACAGGAUUUUACAUCAGAUUUCUCUGAAAUAGUGGAAGUUAUGGAAGACUAUCUGAAACCAGUGCUGUCACAGUUUGAUUUUCUUGAUAUGAGAGAACAGACUGCAUCAGUUUCAACUGAAUCAGGAAAAAUGAAAGUGAAAGAUAAGGAUACCAAACGCACUGAAAUACAAGAGAUUGAAAUGAAAAACAAUGUUGAGAUGCCUAAAGAACCAAAACCAAAAGCUGAUCAGAAAAAGAAUGUCAAAGCGGCUGAAUGGGAGCAGCUGCUGACCAACUGCAGUGCGUUUGUAUUCUAUGGGAUGGAGCGCUUCCUGUCUCAUAUGUUGCUCAACAGGCUGGUUGCUAUGAACAUCCCAAAAUGCCAUUUGAUGAUACUUUUAGAUCUGAUGCAAUCAAAGCAAAGUUAUCAGCGAGUGAUGAACUCUGAUAUCCACAAAAGCUGUGCACGUAUUGCUUUGGAGAGACCAACAGAGACAGCAAUACUUCUAAGCCUUAUUGGUGUUCGUGCUAUAAUAGCCAACCAGUGGUACACGACUCUGCAAGAGAAUGCAGAAAGACUAGAAAUUUUAUCUGAGAAUUUGUUGAGAAUUGGGAAGACAACUGGGCAGACAGUCAAUAUCCUUCAAAAGAGGAAGAUCCACAGUAACUCAGUUAAAAGUAAGAAGUGA